AUGGCCGUCUUAAAUAUUGUCAUUUGCACAACAUUGAUUGUGGUUACUUCACUAGGUACCGUGCAAAGCAAUAGCAUACCGAUUGAAAUCGCUGACAAUCAAUGGGUAGUUGAUGCCCAAAAUUCUAUAAAAGAUUCUUUGACAAAAUUAGAAACGUAUGGAGUAGAAAAUGAAAAAAUCAAGACGAUAACCAACGAAGCAUUCGAUACAUUUACAAAGUUCGUGGAAAAUGACCUGUCGAAAAUUAUUAAAAAGGUGGAUGAUAUAAAAUCGGAAAGGAUAUGGGUAUUAAAAACUCAAUUGAAGAAUUGGUCAGACGCUUUGGAAAGACUAAAUAAAGUGUCCGACGUGACUGAGAAAACGCCCGAUAAAGCAAUAGGAAAAUUUUACAUGACCAUCGAUUAUAUAGCAAAAGAAGUUGUUGGAUUUGAUCAAAAUUACAAUUACGAUUCGAGUGAAUCGAAUGAAAUUGUUGAGGAACUCAAAUUGUUACUUAAAAACUCUGUUACAAAGUUGGUUGAAUAUGCAAAUUCCGUUGAGGAUCAAGUUUCCGGGAUUUCUAAAACUGAAUGA